GUAUUAUAAAUACCUCCACCACCUACAAAUACAUCUAUUCACUCGCUCCAUUUUCUCAUCAAACAAACCACAAUGGCAACCAUCAAGUCUGUAACUGCUCGUCAAAUCUUCGAUAGCAGAGGCAAUCCAACCGUCGAGGUGGAUAUUACUCUAUCAAAUGGUACAUGGGCUCGCGCAGCCGUUCCUAGCGGAGCAUCAACAGGUGUCUAUGAAGCUCUUGAAUUAAGAGACGGCGGCUCGGAUUACUUAGGAAAAGGUGUCUCCAAGGCUGUCGCCAAUGUGAACACUGUUAUCGGCCCUGCAAUUGUUGGCAAGGACCCGACUGAUCAAACUGGCCUUGACAAUUACAUGGUUCAACAACUAGACGGGACUAAAAACGAGUGGGGUUGGUGCAAGCAAAAGCUUGGAGCAAAUGCUAUUCUGGCGGUUUCUCUCGCACUUUGCAAAGCAGGCGCUAGCGUCAAAAAUAUUCCCCUUUACAAGCAUAUAGCGAACUUAGCAGGCAACUCAAAGUUAGUUUUACCGGUACCAGCAUUCAAUGUCAUCAACGGUGGAUCACAUGCCGGAAACAAGCUUGCUAUGCAGGAAUUCAUGAUUCUUCCUGUUGGUGCUUCGAGUUUUAAAGAAGCAAUGAAAAUGGGCGUCGAAGUAUACCAUAAUCUAAAGGCCGUUAUCAAGAAGAAAUACGGUCAGGAUGCAACGAAUGUUGGUGACGAAGGUGGCUUUGCUCCUAAUAUUCAGGAAAACAAGGAGGGCCUCGAGUUGCUCAAGACCGCUAUCGCUCAAGCUGGUUACACAGGAAAGGUUGUCAUCGGAAUGGACGUUGCAGCCUCUGAAUUCUACGGAAAAGACAAGACAUAUGAUUUAAACUUCAAGGAAGAGAACAACAACGGGUCUCAAAAGAUUUCAGGAGUACAACUCAAAGAUCUUUACAAAUCAUUUGUGAGCGAGUACCCUAUCGUGUCGAUUGAAGACCCGUUUGACCAAGAUGACUGGGAACACUACGGAAAAAUGACAGCAGAAUGCGGUGAUAAAGUGCAGAUUGUAGGAGAUGAUCUGUUGGUCACUAAUCCAACGAGAGUUCAGAAGGCGAUUAGUGAGAAGACAUGUAACGCGCUUCUCCUCAAGGUUAACCAAAUUGGGUCGGUAACCGAGAGCAUUGAAGCUGUGAAAAUGUCGAAACAUGCCGGUUGGGGCGUGAUGGCCAGUCAUCGCAGUGGAGAAACAGAAGACACCUUCAUUGCUGAUCUAUCUGUUGGUUUAGCAACGGGCCAAAUCAAGACCGGAGCACCGUGUAGAUCCGAACGUCUUGCGAAGUACAAUCAGCUGUUGCGAAUUGAAGAAGAGCUCGGGUCAGAAGCAGUUUAUGCUGGAGCCAACUUCCGAAAGCCUGUUGAACCGUAUUAGAUCUGUGUGGAAGACGGCUUGGAGUGUCCAUCUAAAUAAAAACCAACAGAAGUGCGGAAUAGACUCUUCUUCAUAUAAUAAUGGGCAGUCGAAAUUUUGUUUUGUUUUUCUAUUUGAGAUUUAAGUAUUUUGUCGGGACAAUGAAGCUUUGUGAGGCCGAGGUAGUAGUUUUUUUUUUUUACCACGGAUUUUGUUUUCUGGUAAUUGAUCUUUUUUGUUUAUUAUGUUAUCUUUUGAACAUGUGAGCAUGUUUCUUGAUGUUAUUAAGUUUAUGCCGAAUUUAUCAAAUGAUAAAUCAUUAAAUCC